UGGCAAGACUAUAAACGUCAAAAUAAAUAACCAAACAAUUUACGGGCGGUUGCAAUUCGAAGUGUGAUUCAUGUUAGAAAAUAAGACUUAAACGUGAAAAAUUUACCAUAUUGAGUGAAUAAAGACUUGUUUGUAAAUAUGGUUGAAGAAUUGAAGUUAUAUAAACAAGGGGCUGAAGCAAAACUCUACAUCUGCAACUAUAUUGGCAAGCCCACAUUGAUUAAAGAAAGGUUUAAGAAAAACUACAGGCAUCCCGAUUUGGACUUAUCUAUUACCAAAGAUCGUAUUAAAAAUGAGGCCCGGUCCAUUGUUCGUUGUAAGGCAGCUGGCGUUUUAACACCAUCAUUGUAUUUAGUUGAUUUCGAUCGCCGAAGAAUAUAUAUGCAUCAUUACGAAAAAAACAUAACUGUCAAAGAUUUCAUCAUAAACAUUUCAAAUUUAUGCAAAGGAAACGAAUCAUACAGUCUAGAUUUAAUAACAAAAAUUAUUGGUGAAACUGUGAGGAAAUUACAUGAAAAUAAUAUUAUACAUGGAGAUUUGACUACAUCGAACAUGUUGCUUGUGCCAAAAAAUGAGAAUGAAGAUAAUUGGAUGGAAAAAAAUGAUUAUGAAUUGGUUAUGAUAGACUUUGGUCUGUCAUAUGUUGAUUCAAGUGUUGAAGACAAAGGGGUAGAUUUAUAUGUACUUGAAAGAGCUUUAAUAAGUACACAUAAUGAUUACCCUGAAUUAUUUGGUAAAAUACUUGAAGCUUAUAAAAAUUACAGUAAGAAUAAUAUCAAAGAGAUAUUAAGCAAGUUUGAAGAUGUCAGAGCGAGGGGUAGGAAGAGAACUAUGGUUGGAUAGAUUUAAUACUUAUGCCUAUACCAUAUCCAGAGAUAAAAUUUAAAUGCAAAUAAAUAGAAACCCAUCUAUCUAUAUCCUUUUAGGAUAAUACCUUGAUAAUGCUUGUCAAUUAAUUUAUUAUGUUAAAUACAAUUGUUGACAUCAUGGAAAAAUAGGAUAUUUGUGUGCAUUUAAUUUUUCAUUCUUUGAUACUAAAAUAUAAAACAUGUUAAGUUUCUAUUUUAAUCAUAGCUCUAUAAAUAUGUGAGUUGAAUAAAUAAAUAAAAUAUAUAUAUAAUUA